AUGGCGGCUGGCUUUACAUACUCCUACUUUCGCAUUCCGGAAGGAAACGACCUCAGAGAACCUGCUCGCCAAUACCGUGACCUACGGCUGCAUCACCGAGGUGGCGGUCGUGGCAAGGAGCUGUGCAAGGCUGCGCUCGACUACCUUGGGUCGUAUAUGGCCCCCGCUUGCAAAGUCCUCGUGCGGCUUAUGAUCAAGCCGGACAACCAAGCUAUUGUCAAAUUGUACCAGAGUCUUGGAUUUCUCGAAGUGGAAGAUGUACUCUGGCAGAGGCGAUUCGUGCCAGUGGAGAUGGGCAUCUGCUGCCAAACGGCACAGACUCGGAAAAGUAUUCAUCACGAACGGGUUUAA